CCGCCAGCGCAGGAGGGAGAUGCAGCUGCAGCCCUGAGCAGGUGCUGCUGAAACCAUCCGUGACCCACCUCCGCCAAGCCCAGCACCAGCCAUGAGCCGCUUCUUCUCACGCCUGGACCCGCGGCGGGUGCCGUGGGGGGCGGCAGGCCAUGCCCUGCGCACCCGCGUCCUGCGCACCAAGCCCGUGGAGUCGAUGCUGGAGGGCACGGGGACCGCCUCCGCCCAGGGCGCCCGGCUGGCCAAGGUCCUCACCACCCUCGACCUCAUCUCCCUCGGCGUCGGGAGCUGCGUGGGCACCGGCAUGUACGUGGUGUCUGGCCUGGUGGCCAAGGAGAUGGCAGGGCCCGGGGUCAUCGUUUCCUUCAUCAUCGCUGCUGUUGCCUCCAUCUUGUCAGGCGUUUGCUACGCUGAGUUUGGCGUACGGGUCCCCAAGACCACAGGCUCUGCCUACACCUACAGCUACGUGACGGUGGGAGAGUUCGUGGCGUUCUUCAUCGGCUGGAACCUCAUCCUGGAGUACCUGAUCGGCACGGCCGCGGGCGCCAGCGCCCUCAGCAGCAUGUUCGACUCGCUGGCCAACCACACCAUCAGCCGCUGGAUGAUCAACAGCGUCGGGACAUUGAACGGACUAGGGAAAGGAGAGGAGUCAUACCCCGACCUUCUCGCUCUGGUCAUUGCUGUCAUUGUCACCAUCAUCGUGGCCAUGGGGGUGAAGAACUCGGUGGGGCUGAAUAACGUGCUCAACAUCAUUAACCUGGCAGUCUGGAUCUUCAUCAUGAUUGCUGGCCUCUUCUAUGUCAAAGGUGACAACUGGUCUGAAGGGCAGUUCCUGCCAUUUGGAUGGCCGGGGGUGCUCAAAGGGGCUGCGACGUGUUUCUAUGCCUUCAUCGGCUUCGACAUCAUUGCUACCACGGGAGAAGAAGCAAAGAGUCCCAACACCUCCAUCCCCUAUGCCAUCACGGCCUCGCUUGUCACGUGUUUGACAGCAUAUGUGUCUGUGAGCAUCAUCCUCACGCUGAUGGUGCCCUACGACGCCAUCGACACUGAGUCCCCGCUGAUGGAAAUGUUUGUGGCCCAUGGCUUCUAUGCGGCCAAGUUCAUCGUCGCCAUCGGCUCAGUGGCUGGCCUGACCGUCAGCUUGCUGGGCUCCCUAUUCCCAAUGCCAAGGGUCAUUUAUGCCAUGGCUGGUGAUGGGCUGCUCUUCAGAUUUUUGUCCCACGUCAGCUCUUACACGGAAACUCCCGUAGUGGCUUGUAUCGUCUCUGGAUUCCUUGCAGCACUGCUCUCCUUGCUGGUUAGCCUGAGGGACCUGAUAGAAAUGAUGUCCAUCGGCACGCUGCUCGCCUAUACGUUGGUGUCCGUCUGUGUCCUGCUCCUCCGAUACCAGCCUGAGAGUGACAUCGAUGGCUUCGUCAAGUUCCUCUCCGAGGAGCACACCAAGAAGAAGGAGGGCAUCCUGGCCGACUGCGAGAAGGAAGCUUGCUCCCCAGGGAGCGAAGGAGAAGAGUUCACUGGCCCACCAACCAACACAUGCGGGGCAAAAAAUCUGCCAUCUCUGGGGGAUAACGAGAUGCUAAUUGGGAAAUCUGAUAAAUCCACCUACAAUGUGAAUCACCCCAAUUACGGCACGGUCGACAUGACCUCAGGGAUAGAGGCAGAUGAGUCUGAGAACAUCUACCUCAUCAAGCUGAAGAAGCUGAUCGGCCCUCGCUACUACACGAUGAGGAUCCACCUCGGACUGCCGGGGAAAAUGGACCGCCCCACGGCAGCCACCGGCCACACGGUCACCACUUGUGUGCUCCUGCUUUUCGUCCUGAUGUUCAUCUUCUGCUCCUUCAUCAUUUUUGGGGCAGACUACAUCUACGAGCAGAGCUGGUGGGCUAUCCUCCUCGUCGUGCUGAUGAUCCUGCUCAUCAUCGUGCUGGUGUUUGUGAUCUUGCAGCAGCCAGAAAACCCCAAGAAGCUGCCCUACAUGGCACCUUGUCUGCCCUUCGUCCCUGCCUUUGCUAUGCUGGUGAAUAUCUAUCUCAUGCUGAAGCUCUCCACAGUCACGUGGAUCCGAUUUGCCGUCUGGUGUUUCGUGGGUCUGCUCAUCUACUUUGGCUAUGGGAUGUGGAACAGCACGCUGGAGAUCAGUGCCCGGGAGGAGGCCCUCCACCAGAGCACCUACCAGCGCUACGACGUGGACGUCGACCCCUUCUCCGUGGAUGAUGGCUUCUCCUACGCCACCGAGGGUGAGGGCUACCCAGGCUGGGGUCCCUCCGAGGACAAGGGCUUCUCGUACCAGCAAAUGGCGGGAGCAAAGGAAAGCCAUCGGACAAGUAGCAGGUCGAAAAGCAAAGGCAGGCACAAACUGCCGUCGGAGGCUCUCAUCGCCAACGACGAGUUGGAUUACUCACCUGAGUAGCGGGGCGGGCAGCGGGGCGCCGCGAUGCCCAGCCGAUGAGGAAAGCUUCCUGCGGCUUCCCCGUCCUGUCCCAUCCUCCCCAGGUCCUCCACCACCACCCCGCUUACCUCCGGUCCUCGGGACACGCUCCGCGAUUGCCGUUGACCACGAACCAAACACAUCCGUGGCCCAUCCUGCCUCCACUGGUCGGGUCCCGCUCUGGUGAAUGCCGGCCAAUCCCCUGGCACUGGUUGAUCUCCUGGCACCAGCCGCACCGGCGGAGGUGGAGUGGGAGAUGUGCCAAACUGGGAGGAGGUGGAAGGAGCCGCAUGAGGGGAUGAGAUGAGAUGUCCCCAGGGAAUGUCCACUCAACAGCCACAGCGGUGAGAUACCACUCUUAAAUUUUUGGCACUUUCUUAGCACCUGUUUUUCUCUUUGAACCACCUUAGAAGUGAUAGCUGAGCCAGAGGGACAGACGGGUAGGUGGGUACAAAAUGGAGAUGGACAAACCUCUUUCAAGGGAGUAGCUCAGAGGUGGAUCCAGGGAUGUUGGUCCCAUCACACAGCAUUUCCAUGGCCCAUUCUGGCGCAAAGGCACUUGAUGCACACAGCAGUGCUACCCCCGUGUCCAUCCCCCCACUCCAAAUCCAGGCGUCCCGAAUACUGGGAUUCAAAAUUAGUUGGUGUCUCAAUCAAACCUUGAAAUCCCAGCAUGGCUGAACAUCCCAAAACUGUGGUUGGGAGCCCGGUCCCAUUUCUGGUCACAGUGAGGGCUGUGACCUGCUCUUGGCUCAACCCACCUAGUGUGAAUGGUCAAUGAUGACCACACGCCAUUUCUCUGAACGUCACCGGUCUGAGGCUGGGCGCUGUUCCCACCACGUUGUGUCUUUUACAAAAAUUACUACGUUGUUCAUUGUAUGAGAAUGGAACAAGAGAAACGCGUGCAUGUUCAGAGUUCCCUCGCUGUGGUGGGCACAUCUCAGUGCUCACUCUGGCCUCAGGGCUUCAGGGACAUGUCCAUGCACCCGCAAAAUAGCAACAUCUGUGGGUCAGGCAUGUCUUGGCAGGGCUGGGCCACGCAUGGCAAGCGGAGAGGGCUCAGCUGCUGAAAUUUCCCUCCCUGCUGCCGUCUCCACCUCGUACCGUUUUCUCCAUUCCUGACCCCUGCCUUGGUGGAUGCUAUAUGAAAAACACUUGAAAUGCUGCUCGUUCUGUAAGUGUCCAUAUUUCAAUCUGAAACCAAACAGAGCUGGUGGCUCACAGGGCAGAGGUGGUCAGCAAGUGAACAUUUCUCAUAGUUAAGCCCUCCGGUACAGCCCAAGCAUGGCCAUGAUCCCCAGCAGUGCCAUCAGGUCCCCUGCUGUCAGCGUCUCCACAGCACUGCUGGCGGUGAUGGGGUCUGGUCACAGCCACCGCCCCCCAGCCCCCCAGCACAGACAGCAGCUGCACUGCUGAGUCAGCAAUUAGCAGCAGGUCUAGUUCUGGAGCCCAUUACCAACAUGCUUAGUUUAAAACACUGCAACGGUGGGGAAGGACCCCAUCAGACAGCAGCACCCAUCCUCUCCCUGGCUGCCAAAGGCUGCGGCCGGAUCCAUCUCCUGGAGCAGCCCAGACCAACCCAGGGGUUGCUGCUGGCAUCCCAGGGGACAAUUUAACAUUGACAGGGGUAUGAAGCAUGAUUUCCAACACGUAAUGCUGAGAACCAUUUACACUGUGGUUCACUGGAUGAGGCUCAGCCCCCGAAACACAGCGCAAAGCCUGGCUGGCGCCUUGCAUGGGCAAGGGGGCUGCCGGGUGCAGAGGGUGCCUGGACCCGCGCCUGUCCCCAUCACUCCUGGGGCUCAAGGGCUUGAGGGAGAGGCUCUGGCCAUGGCUGCAUAGGUUUCCUACCUGCAGCUCCUAUCUCAGUCACAAACUGUCACAAUCCUUUUCCCAGUGGGAAAGAGAAUCUGAUUCUGUAGAUUUUAACCCGAAGCGCGCCAGGCAAGCCAAGGGAAGCUUGGCCUUCGUGAAGGCUUCAGGAUGGGAGCAAAGAUUUGGCAAAAGGACCCAUAAGCUUUGCCCUGGCAUCCCCUCCUGCUGCCCGCCCAUACUACGCUUCUACAAGCAGAAAUCCCAAGUGCAUCCCACCGAAAGCUGUUUGCAACGUGCGCACCGCUCGGGGGCCAGCUCGGGAAACCUUCCCGGCGGCGCCGAGCACCUCUCACAAAGGUCACCUUCCACUCGCGCUUGGCUGCUUUCGUUCUCGAUGCCUUAGAAGUACUCAAGAGAGAUGGCACCUCACAGGUCUGGCUUUACAUUUUCAGGGAGAAAGAGUGAUGCUAUUUUCCUACCAGCUCUUGUACUAUACCAUAUCCAAGGUAGUCAUCUUCUUCCCGUUUCCGCACGGUAUUUAGGCAUCUGCCGAACCACAAACUCAUGCCCAAGUACCCUGUCGAAUGGAAGCCUGUUAUUCCUUUUGCAGCCUUAAUCUUGUGCUACAGAGCCGUUACCAGUGUCUGUUGUCGUGUCUGCUCUAGUUAUGCCGUGUAAUUUGAUGAGGGCUUGAUCCCUUGCUCUUCGGCGCCUGUAGGAACCUCUCCAUUGGACCCAUGCACUGAGUGAAGCCCUUCGGCUGCUCUUGUUCCUGUUCACCCAUCCUCCUUCCCCUCCCUGGGGAAGCGCCGGGUCAGAACAGCUGCACCCAUGUCCCCGGGACCGCUGGGAAACAGCAUUUGCUGCCACGGCACUGUCUGGGGAGGACAGGCUGCCGUGAACCCUCGCCGUGGCACAGGGCAGGAGCCGUACCCUCCUCCCGCCGCAUCCCACCUAACGUUGGAGCAUAAGAAGGCUGCCGAGCCACAGGCUGGGGCUUGCCUGGGUCCCCCCACCCUGCUCCAAGCAGCGGUGUCAGGGGGACACAUGGGUUCAGCCUCCGUUUGGGAGCUCUGGUUCUCUCCCUUGUAGCGGGUGUUGGGGUCUUCAGUGGGCACAAGCAAAAGCUGCAAAGGCCAAAAUGCUCAUGGGUGUCCAUCACCUCUGGGCACCACCGGCCCCAGGGGUGGUUUUGGAUGCUGGGAGGAGGUGCAAGUGCUUGAUUUGCUGUAACGCCCAAAUCCAGCCUUUUCCCCCAGUGCCCUCAGGGAGGUUCUCACACCUCUGACCCAUCAGGAGGACACAGGCGGAGCGGUACCACCUCGCGCCCACCACCGGUGAGAGGCACGCAGCCCCCCAACGCCUGACCACCCUCUGCUGGGCACGCACCCUGGGGCACCCAAUGCAUGAUACAGAAGGUGCAUAAAUACCUCAAACCUUCCAGACCAACUCUAUAAGAUCUCAGUCCCCCCACAAAUUCACUCUGCACAGUUAUGACCGCUCGGUUACGACGCCCAGCACGCCGGCAAUCUCCACGCGGCAGAGAAAUCACGCCCCGACCGACAUGGGAUGUUGUAAAUCAAGCUUGUAAAUGAUCUUCACUUCAUUUUGUUCAGUCUUUUUGAUGUAUAUCUUGCUUUUUUUUGCAGGUGGUACUUUCUGGUGUAACAAUUCUCUGCAGUUCUGAUAUGAAAUUGGUGUAUUUGUUAAAAAAAAGUUUGUUCUAAUAAUUUUUUUUAAUUGUGGUUUCCAAAAGCCCAUUGGUGCAUUGUACAAUGGGAUCUUGUAGUGUGUCAUGAGAAAGAAUAUGCAGAUAUGUUAUGGAGUGAUUUUUAUUUUUAAAUAAUUGUGUUGUUGACAACUAUAUAUAUAAUAUAUAUAAUCAAGAUACUAAGAAAAAAAAAAUCUAAAUUUACCAAAAUCUGUAUAUUUUAAUAAAUGCAUAAAGCUUUA